AUGAAUAUGCAAAAAGUUGGUCCAGUUGGAGGAUAUGGUGCACGCAAACUUUCAACAAUUUGGAGUGAAAAGGGACGAGACCAAGUUGCCGGUUUUCGUAUUACAUACGGCAAACACUCAGUUUAUUCACUUCUGUUCAUGUACUAUGAGAAUGCCAGAUUAGUUUUAUCAGACAGACAUGGUGAUUGUGAUGAUGAUGAAAAAAGAAACUACGUUCCCGUUGUUUUUGAUUAUCCAUCAGAAUAUCUUACUUCGAUAAGUUGUUCAGUGAAACACGGGCCAUUAUUAAUGUUCAUGGCAUCCAUAAAAUUUGGAACACACAAAGGUUCCUAUGGACCAUUUGGGAGCCCUUCAACUGAUGGCAAUGAUAUUGACUUCGACUUAUUGAUAGGAAAUCGUCGUUUAUUUGGUGGUUUUCAUGGAAGUGAGAAUUGCUAUGGCGUUGGGAGUAUUGGGGUCUAUUUGAAGACAGAAAGCAAUGAUCAAGAAGGAUCUUCGAGUAAUAAAGCGUCGAAAAUGACGAAGAUCUAUUAA